GAAUGAUGGCAUGAGCAUAUUGAAUCAAAGCAGCAAAGGGACUAAAAAUAAAAUGGAGAAUGAAUUCGAAUUCGAGAGCUUCAUUAAAUAAUACCCAACUGCGAUAGGGAUCGUGCGAAUCAAAAGAUGAAAGGUCUUUUCAAAUCGAAGCCGCGUACUCCCCCUGACAUCGUUCGUCAGACUAACGAUCUCCUCGCCUACGCCGAUCGAUCCGUCUCCAUCCCCGACCUUCGCGAGUCCAAACGCCAAGAAAAGCUGUCGGAACUAAGCAAGAACUUACGAGAGCUGAAGUUGAUUCUCUAUGGAAACAGCGACGCUGAGCCUGUUGCUGAAGCUUGUGCCCAGCUGACUCAAGAGUUCUUUAAGGGCGAUACUCUCCGCCGCUUGAUCAUUUCGCUUCAGUAUCUGAACUUGGAGGCAAGGAAAGAUGCUACACAAGUGGUUGCAAAUCUUCAGAGGCAACAAGUCAAUUCACGCCUUAUUGCCUCUGAUUAUCUCGAAUCCAACAUUGACCUUAUGGAUUUCCUUGUGGACGGCUUUGAAAACACAGAUAUGGCGUUACACUAUGGUACUAUGUUUAGAGAGUGCAUCCGCCAUCAGAUUGUUGCAAAAUAUGUUUUGGACUCACAGCAUGUGAAGAAGUUCUUUUACUAUAUACAGCUUCCCAAUUUCGACAUUGCUGCUGAUGCUGCUGCCACUUUUAAGGAACUUCUGACAAGGCACAAGUCUACAGUUGCUGAGUUCCUCACUAAGAACGAAGACUGGUUUUUUGCAGAUUACAAUUCAAAGCUUCUUGAAUCAAGCAAUUAUAUAACCAGACGGCAGGCUAUCAAGUUACUGGGCGAUAUAUUACUGGAUCGAUCAAACUCAGUUGUGAUGACGAAAUAUGUGAGCUCAAUGGAUCACUUGAGAAUCCUCAUGAAUCUUCUCAGAGAAUCAAGCAAGACUAUUCAGAUAGAUGCUUUCCAUGUUUUCAAGCUGUUUGUAGCAAACCAAAGAAAGCCUUCAGAUAUCAUCAACAUUCUGGUGGCAAACAAAAACAAGCUUCUAAGAUUGUUGGCUGAUGUCAAACCAGACAAAGAGGACGAGAGCUUUGAAGCAGAUAAAGCUCAGGUGGUGCGAGAGAUCGUAAGUCUUAAGCCUUGAGAGUUUUCUUGAGCACUCACAUGUACACAAAAAGCUCAUGUCUUCUGUUAAAUCUCUGAAAGACGUUUUUGGUGCAUCAAAGAUUUGUUGUUACUUAGUAGGUAACGUUUCUCUCUCUCUCUAUGUGUCUGUUUGUAAGCUAUUGACUGGUCUGGAUCUUGUAGAUUAUAUGAAUCUACAUGUACACUCUUUUAGUGUCGAUAAAAUAAAAAAUAAAUGCAGAAAAACCAAAAUCAAUCA